AAACACAGAGAUCAGCAGAAGUUCGGGUUUAUUAAUGGGUUCAGUGAUUGGGGACCAAAUAACAAACUGGUCAUGCUGCAACUGCGCAUGCGUGAUCAACAGUUUGUUCACCUCGGUGCAUUAUGGGUAGCAAGAGCUGCUGAAGAUGUCUGGAUGGAGAUGAUGGUGAUGAUGAUUAUCAUCAUCAUCACUAUCACUCGGUGACCCAGUUAGGACUCUAAAGUUUCAGUUCUAUUCCUCCUGUUCAGGAGCAGAAAGUGUUAGAACCACAGGUUCACCAUGUGGACCCGCCAUGGUACCAGAACCUGGUCCUGGUUCCUGGUGGACGACUGGGUCCAGAACCACCAGGAGGUUCUGAGCAGUGUGGACCCGGCCUGGUGUCCUCUCGGCGGCCAGCUUCCGGCAGCGCGCCGGUCCUCUCUGCCUCUGGGUCGGGGAUCCUCUCCGACCCGAGCCGCAGAAGAGGCUCUGUUCACCGGAUCCGUCGGCUUGUCCCCGUCCGGUCCGCGGGCCCCCGUGGUCUGUGCGCUUCUUGGCACAUAAUCUGGACUGGGACCAGAACCGAACCAGAGAGAGUUUAAAGCGGUGUUAUUCCAGCAGCGGGGCUGGCUGCUGCUCUGUCCGCGGCUCUGGUUUCAUCCUCCGCCUUUGUCUCAUGUUUUCCCCCGGAGGUCCUCCCCCUGCGGCGCGGGGCGGAGUUUCAUACCGAGCUAGACGCUCCUUUUGUCGGAUUCGUUUCGAACUGACUCCCCGGGGUUUACAGGCGAAAAACAGAAUUUAAGAAAGGCUCAGAACCAGCCGAACCGGCACGGUUCUGUUCAGGAACCAUCCGGGAAUCCAACAGAACCAUCAGAGUUGCGGAGCCUCCGUCAGGAUGAACGGCAGCAGCAGCAGCAUCUCUGCGGCUCAGAGGAUCAAGGCUGAAGCAGACGCGUGGAGCCAGGAGGACUGCCUGACGCUGCUGGAGCGGAUCCGCGUUCUGCUGCCCGACGGAGACGCCAUGAAGUACAAAACCACCGAGUCGCACUUCGACUGGGACAAAAUCGGCUUCGGCCGCUUCACCGGGGACAUGUGCCGCCAGAAGUGGCAGAAGGUCUCCUCCGAGGUCCGGAAGUACCGGACCAUGACGGAGCUCAUCGUGGACGCCAUUGAGUUUGUCAAGAACCCGUACAAGGGCAAGAAGCUGAAGACCCACCCAGACUUCCCCAAGAAGCCACUGACUCCCUACUUCCGCUUCUUCAUGGAGAAACGGGCCAAAUACGCCAAGAUCCAUCCGGAGAUGAGCAACCUGGACCUCACCAAGAUCCUGUCCAAGAAGUACAAGGAGCUGCCAGACAAGAAGAAGCAAAAGUACAUCACAGAGUUCCAGCGGGAGAAGGAGGAGUUUGAGAAGAACAUGGCCCGGUUCAGGGAGGAGCAUCCGGACCUGAUGGAGGAGCGGAAGAAGUCGGACCUGCCGGAGAAACCCAAGACGCCCCAGCAGCUGUGGUACAACCACGAGAAGAAGGCCUACCUGAAGCUGCACCCAGAGGUGAGUCAGAAGGAGCUGAAGGAGGCGCUGAGGAGGCAGUGGUCCCAGCUGUCUGACAAGCGCAGACUGAAGUGGAUCAGCAAGGCGCUGGAGCUGCAGAAGGACUAUGAGGACAGCAUGAGGGCGUACCACGAGGCCCACCCAGACUCCAACUCAGAGGAACACGUCCGCUCUGUCCUCACCAAGGCUGAGAGACAGCUGAAGGACAAGUUCGAUGGACGGCCCACCAAGCCGCCGCCGAACGGCUACUCCCUGUACUGCGCCGAGCUGAUGGUCAACAUGAAGGACGUGCCGAGCACCGAGCGCAUGGUGCUGUGCAGCAAGCAGUGGAAGAUGCUGACCCAGAAGGAGAAGGACAUGUUCCAGAAGCGCUGCGAGCAGAAAAAGAAGCAGUAUGACGUGGACCUGCAGCGCUUCCUGGAGAGCCUUCCUGACGAGGAGCGGGACCGAGUCCUGACGGAGGAGAAAAUGGGCGGAGCCAGGUUGAAUGUGGGCGUGGCUCCCAGCCCUCUCAGAGCCAAGUCUCCAUCGGUCAAGGAGCGCGUCCGGGAGGCGGAGCCAGAGGCGUGGCCAGCAGCUGGAGGUGGAGCCACAGCGCCCAGAGAGCGGAGGGACACCAGGAAGGCAACGAAGCUUCCAGAGACGCCAAAAACCGCCGAGGAGACGUGGCAGCAUAGCGUGACAGGAGAUUACCUGGCCAAGUACCGGAGCGACCGCAGGAAGGCGCAGGCGGCGAUGGAGGCGGCUUGGCGCUCCAUGGAGAAAAAGGAGAAAAUUCCCUGGAUCAAGAAAGCAGCAGAGGACCAGAAACGUUACGAGAGGGAGCUGUUGGAGAUGAGAGCGCCCACUGUUGGCCAGAGGAAGCCCAAGUUUGAUGGGGAGCCGAAGAAGCCUCCAGUGAGCGGCUACCAGAUGUUCUCCCAGGAGCUGCUGACGAACGGAGAGCUGAACCACUUCAGCCUGAAGGAGCGCAUGGUGGAGAUCGGCAAGCGCUGGCAGAAGCUCAGCCAGGCGCAGAAGGACAAGUACAAGAAGCAGGUGGAGGAGCAGCAGGUGGAGUACAAGGCCCACCUGGAGUCCUGGGUCAAGUCGCUGUCCCCGCAGGACCGCGCCGUCUACAAGGAGUUCUCCUCCUCGAAACGUCGCAGCAGCUCCUCCAAAGCCACCACCAGUCCCGUGGCCAAGGUCCGGGUGACGGCGAAGGGGAAGGUGAGCGGAGCCAGGGCCGUGACCCCAGGGGUCACCGUGGGGAAGAGGCCCAUGGCAUAUCGCGCCAAGCAGGACAUGUCUGACUCCGAGGAGGAGGAGGAGAAAAGUGGUUCCUCAGACUCUGAUGAAGACGAUGAGACAUCAGGAAGUUCAGACAGCGAGGAUGAAGAUGAGAACGAUGACGAUGAAGAGGAGGAUGACGACCAAUCUUCCUCAGAGGAAUCCAGUGAGUUGGACUCAGAUUAGUCCUGCCCACUCAUUGAAGAGGAAGAGGACAGGCAGUGCAGGCCACGCCUCCUCCUCUGCCAGUCAUCCAGGCAGACCAAUGCGAAGCAGCGCAGUGGGAAGUGGGCGGAGCCUGUUACAAGCGUUUCAGUUUCUAUUUACUUGGUUUCUUUCCGACAGACAUUUCAGGAUGACAGCUUCCUGUUUGUUCUUUUGUGUGGGCGGGGUUUGUACAUGCAGGGGGCGGAGUCAGUGUUGGACCUCCAAUCAGCCGGAGGCCGAGAGAAACUCAAUAAAUGCACUUUUUCCAAAC